AGUGAGAGAAAGAAAGAAUGGAGAGAAAGAAAGAGUGAGAGAGAGAAAGAGUGAGAGAAAGAAAGAGUGAGAAAGAAAGAAAAAGAGAGUGAGAGUGAUGCACACACCAUUAAGAAAUUUACAGUGCUCGACAGACACAUCACACCCUUCCUUCAGUCAGUGUCUUCUAAUUCAUUUGAUAAUGGAAAGAGUUAAGGUGUUACUUGUAUUACCGGCUCUUUGUCCAGGACGCAAGCGAAAGGUCACGCGAGUGCAAGCAGGUGCACACGUGCGGAGAAUACAAAGAAAUUUAAUCAUAUAUUAAUAUAUAGUAUAAAUUUGCCCGACUACUUUAAUCAUAUUUUCGAAGCACACAUAGUUAACAACAAACUAAAGUUACUAUUCGUGUGCCUUAUCAGCGGUGUGCGAUCACAACUGACCCACGAAUUCAGCCCACAGCUGACCUAAUCUCGUUCUUUGUUCUCGUUCUCGGAGUUUCCCGACAUCGAGAUGUGACAUUCAGUUGCUACCACGCCGGGUAAGAACAGCCAGGCCAUGAAACUGACGUGCUGCAUCCCAUGGCGAUAUGUCGUGGCAGGAAUGUGGUUCAUAGCCUUUGUCCUCCACGACAGCUUUCGUGGCAGCCUCAGCAUCACCAUCGUGUGCAUGGUGAACCAUGACCCAGCCAUCAACAUCACGACAGCGUCCUAUGACAUCAAUUCAUCAAACAUUCAGACCACUCGAGGAGGACUAUUGUCAGUCAACAUAACAGACCCCAAACAGGAGGCGAAGGACACAUGCUAUUCAAGAGAGGGAUCUAGGACCGCUGAUAUUUUGUCAGGUGGUUUCGAGUGGAGCAAGCAAGUUCAAGGUCUCCUUCUUGGAGCUGUGUUCUGGGGGUAUAUGGCAUUUCAGUUCCCUUCGGGGUGGCUGGCGGAGAGAUUCGGAGCACACCGAGUCAUCCUCGUCUUCCUCAUCAUCGCAUCAGUAACAAGCAUCUGUACACCUAUAGCCGCCCAUGCACAUCCAUACGUUCUACUUGCUGUUCGUUGCAUGACAGGGUUAUCCAUAGCAGUUUUGUACCCUGCACUUCCGGUCUUCUGGGCCCGAUGGGCACCAGCUGCAGAAUGGAACCGGAUGUUGGGAAUUUCACUUUCUGGGGGACUUAUGGGAAAUGCCCUCAUCUUUCCCUUUGGUGGAUUUAUGUGUAAAUACGGACCUGCUGGUGGAUGGCCGUCCUUGUACUAUUUCCUAGGAGGCGCUGGGUUUCUGUGGUGUGUUGUAUGGGGUCUGACAGUUAGGGACACGCCUAGAGCCACGCCCUUGAUAACAAACAAGGAGAGGGAAUACAUCGAACUUAACAUAAAACUUCGAAAUCUCAGUAUAAGGAAACCCCCGACACCAUGGAAGGCCAUGAUGACGUCACGAGCCACCCUGGCCCUGAUCGCGACCCACACAUUCAUCAACUAUGGAAUAUACAUGCUGAUGACACAGCUCCCAACAUACAUGGAGGAGGUCAUGAUGUUUGACAUCAAGUCGAAUGGAUUAUACUCCAUGUUGCCGUACCUGGUGUUCUGGGGUGUCGUGGUGCUGACCAGCGGGCUGUCCGACUAUCUGGUGUCCAGGAAACUACUAAGUGUUGGUGCUACCAGGAAGUUCCUGAAUACUCUAGGGUGUAUGCUUCCGGCCGUGUCAAUGCUGGUAUUAGCAAUGGCAAACUGUCUUCCGCUUCCGGUAGCUAUAACCAUGCUGUGUGGAGCUGUUGGAUUGGUAGGAUUCGCUUUUGGAGGCUAUCUUGUAAACUACGCCGACAUCGCACUGCAAUUCUCUGGAACACUUAGUGGCCUCGGUAACUGCAUCAGCAGCAUUGCUGGGAUCAUUGCUCCGUACAUCGUGUCUUCCAUAACAGUUAAUGGAACGCGACAAGAAUGGCAGUAUGCGUUUUUCACCGGAUUUGGGUCGUUUUCUCUGGCUGCCCUGAUUUUUCUGCUUUUCGGGAGUGGAGACAUUCAGCCAUGUGCCAAACAUGAAUCUAUUACAAAAGAAAUCCGAUCGGCGUCUGAUACAACCCUACCAGACAAGGACACAGACACAGAGCAGCCAUGUGCUUGA